ACCUCCACCUCCCGAGUGCUGGGAUUAAAGGCGCGCCACCACGCUCCGCUGCCCUGUUUCUUCAUAGUUAUGGCAGACAGGAUGGAAUUUAGACAACAGGAAGAACUUCCCCGUGGAGCUAGGUUAUGGAGAGGUGGCUCUUUAACUUGGCCGGGGAAAGGAGGGAGCUGUCAGGCACUUGAUUCUCCAGUGGCUCUGCUAAAGCUUUGACCUUUGACUUAGUGGGGUUGGUACUAUUUGGCCCCUGGAAUAUUUACUUUUUCUUCUCUCCUGACUGGGACAAAAAGUAUUCCAUCUGGAGCUGUGGGAAGGCUGGCCUGCGGGUCCCUUGCUGCAGCAGGCAGGCUGGGGAGCCCCCCACCCCCAUCCCCGGCAGACUGGUAGGCCCAGCUGCGCUUGGCGGGUCUGCAGCAGGUCACGGCACACGUGUGAGAAGGUGUGUGGCACACUUGGGCCAUGACACCCACAGAGCAGCUGCGCUGGCGGGUGGGGAGACAGCAGCAGCAAAGAUGAUUAAAGGAUUGCGGGGUGGGGGUGAGGGACUGGAGGCAGGAAGGUAGGCGAAGGGCACACACCACUCAGAGGGCCUUGGCUGGAGCAGGGGUUGAGGUUGGGGCACAGAUGGGCAGGCAGAGCCUGCCUGUGGAAAGCAUGCCUUGUGAGUCAGGGAGCGCUGGCUGACUUCCAUCCUCCCUUCCUGCUCUGCGCCCUGGCCGCCCCGGCUGGCGCCCCCACCCUGGCCUGCGUCCUUGGGUGCCAGUGCCUGGGACCACCAUGCCCCAAGCGCCGCUUUCCUUGACUGCCCCCCAGCUCGCCCUCAGGUCCCUUGUGGGAGGUUGUGCACAGGAGUCCUGCAGACCAUGAACUGAGUGCUGGCCCCAGACGUUCAUGAGCACAGUGUGAGACACCUAGACCACCACCCAGCAGCCCCUCCCCCGGCACUGAGGACCCCCAGAGAAGAUGGGGAGGAAAAAGAUUCAGAUUCAACGAAUCACCGAUGAGCGGAACCGCCAGGUGACGUUCACCAAGCGGAAGUUCGGGCUGAUGAAGAAGGCGUACGAGCUGAGCGUGCUGUGCGACUGCGAGAUCGCGCUCAUCAUCUUCAACCACUCCAACAAGCUCUUCCAGUACGCCAGCACCGACAUGGACAAGGUGCUGCUCAAGUACACGGAGUACAACGAGCCGCACGAGAGCCGCACCAACGCCGACAUCAUCGAGACCCUGAGGAAGAAAGGCUUCAACGGCUGCGACAGCCCGGAGCCAGACGGGGAGGACUCUCUGGAACAGAGCCCCCUGCUGGAGGACAAGUACCGGCGCGCCAGCGAGGAGCUGGACGGGCUCUUCCGGCGCUACGGGUCAUCUGUCCCGGCCCCCAACUUUGCCAUGCCUGUCACAGUACCCGUGUCCAAUCAGAGCUCAAUGCAGUUCAGCAAUCCCAGUGGCUCCCUGGUCACCCCUUCCCUGGUGACAUCCUCCCUCACGGACCCACGGCUCCUGUCCCCCCAGCAGCCAGCACUGCAGAGAAACAGUGUCUCUCCAGGCCUGCCCCAGCGGCCGGCGAGUGCUGGAGCCAUGCUGGGCGGAGACCUCACCAGCACUAACGGAGCCUGCCCCAGCCCUGUUGGGAAUGGCUACGUCAGUGCCCGUGCUUCCCCUGGCCUUCUCCCUGUGUCCAAUGGCAACAGUCUAAACAAGGUCAUCCCUGCCAAGUCUCCACCCCCACCCACUCACAGUGCCCAGCUUGGAGCACCCAGCCGAAAGCCUGACCUGCGGGUCAUCACUUCCCAGGGAGGCAAAGGGUUAAUGCAUCACUUGACUGAGGACCAUUUAGAUCUGAACAAUGCCCAGCGCCUCGGGGUCUCCCAGUCUACCCACUCGCUCACCACCCCAGUGGUUUCCGUGGCAACACCGAGUUUACUGAGCCAGGGCCUCCCCUUUUCCUCCAUGCCCACUGCCUACAAUACAGAUUACCAGCUGCCCAGUGCAGAGCUCUCUUCCCUACCAGCCUUCAGCUCACCCGGAGGGCUGUCACUAGGCAAUGUCACCGCCUGGCAACAGCCCCAGCAGCCGCAACAGCCACAGCCUCCACAGUCGCAGCCGCAGCCGCAGCCGCCUCCGCAGCAGUCCCACCUAGUCCCUGUCUCUCUCAGCAACCUCAUCCCGGGCAGCCCCUUACCUCACGUGGGUGCCGCCCUCACGGUCACUACCCACCCCCACAUCAGCAUCAAGUCAGAACCGGUGUCCCCGAGUCGUGAGCGCAGCCCUGCUCCUCCUCCUCCAGCCGUGUUCCCCGCUUCCCACCCCGAGCCUGGUGAUGGCCUCAGCAGCCCAGCGGGGGGAUCCUACGAGACAGGGGACCGCGAUGACACACGGGGGGACUUCGGGCCCACGCUGGGCCUACUACGCCCAGCCCAAGAGCCCGAAGCCGAGGGCUCGGCUGUGAAGAGGAUGCGGCUGGAUACCUGGACAUUAAAGUGAUGGUUCCCACUCCCUCCUCUCGGCCUCCCCGAUGAAGAGUUGACAAUCUCACUGUCCACCCUCCCUGCCCUGGGCUCCUCCCGCUCCAUCCCACUUCCUUUCUACUGCUCUGUGUCCUGUUGAAGGUUACAUUUGUGUAUAAUUAUUAUAUUAUUAUUAUUAUUAUAUUUUUUUUAAUUUGGAUUCUCGCUUUGGAGAGAGGGCUACUCUUGCCCCUUUCUCACCCCUACCAUUUUCACUGGCGGGGUGCUCUCUUUUUUGUGGGAGGGGGAACACUUUGCACGUUGUACACAUAUGCUGCAGGAAGGGGUGGGGCUCGGUAGGCCUUGGGGAAGGACAGGUGCCGAGCCCUGCAUGGAGAGCCCUCCCACCCCAUCCCUAGACAGGUAGAAAGAACCAAAAACUACCCAACAACAAAAACUCGACAAUAGACUGAGGCCCAAAGCUUGCUUGGUGGCGGUCCGCGUCUCAGAGGUGGUGGGAGCCGGGCGUCUGCUUCUGGGCUGUCCGUCCGCGCAGCCACAGGCACCAAGGGCCCAGCGUGCAGCAGGCUUGGCCCCUCGUCCUGCACACGCCACGCCACACUCACUGACACUUGUAUGUGCUGCACCUCCACGAUGGUGUGGGUGCUGGGAAGGUGCCUGGAAGUCUGAGGCUAGGGUUGGAGGCUUCUCUGGAAGCACAUUGGAGAAAAGAUAGCCAUGAGGAGAGGGAUGAGGAGGACAGGAGGGCUGGGUGGGGUGGAUUGGGACCCCUAACUCCAGCUUUUCCUCCUAAGAUAUACAGUGCAAUAGACCCCUGUCCCUCGGCCCACCCCAGCCCUGAAAAGCCGGCCGCGUGCUGGGAGUUGGGAGAGGGCCUUUGGAGAGGUGACUGCAGGGUUUGCCUUUGCUUCCCUGGGUGCCCACAGGCUGAGGCCUGCCACGGGCAGGCUGCGCAGACUUCCUGUGUCUGUGCGCGCCUUUACUCAGAGUGCACACUGCGCACACAGACGGUGUGUAGGGCCAGAGGUCCUCUGGGCGAGGCCCUUCCCCCAGCCUUCCCGCCCUCCAGCUCCUGGCCACCUCCCUGCUCUUGGCACCCAUCCUCCUUGUCUCGCUACCUCCUGUCCCUCAACACCCAGGCCCCACCCCAUCUUGCCUCUUGCUACUGUAAUUGUAAAUAGCAACCUUUGGAAACAUUAGUGGUGUAACAGUCCAGGAAACUGUUUUGUUGUUGUUGUUGUAUUGAUAUGAAAUGAGAUUCUAUUUUUGUCAGAGUAUAUUGUAAUAAUAAUGACUCAAACGGCCGCGCUGUACGGAUGAGGUUCUUCUGCCGUGUUCUUGCUCCCCGUCCGCCCCGAGUCGCGCUCGCUGCUGCCUCAGUACGACUGCGAGCAAGGGCGCAGGGCCAGCGAAAGCAUGGGGUCCUGGGGCCUGGGCUGGACUGGAGAUCAGACUGGAGGGGGCAGGCCCCCAAGCUGCUCUCCGCCACCCCCACCCCCAAUCUCCCUUGGACCUUCCUCCCUGCAGGAGAGUAGUUAGACAUGGCUCAGGUCGGUGGUGACCUUGGCCUGCCUGUGACCCAGCUUCGUGCAGUGUAUCCCAUACUUGGCGCAGGGAGGGCCAGAGCUGCAGGGUGGCGCGUGUCUGGUGCCUCCUGGGUCUGUGUGGCCGUACCUGCGUGUGCCUCAGCGCCCGGGGGUGUGCUGCCUGCGGCUCAAGUUCUGAGGGCCCCCGCAAAUGUGUGGCUGGGUGCGUGUUUACAAAGGAACAGGUGGCUGUUCCAUCCCCACAGCCUUGGCUUCCAACUCUGUUACCCUCACUCCUUCCCUGGGCUGCCCUCAGCCCUGACACAUUUGUACUACAGUUAGGGGACUUGGCAGCCAGCCUUCUCGCUUCUUCCCGCAGCCUACCUCUGCCAGGGCUUCCCUCCAGGAGCUCUGUCUCCACGUGGUCAUCGCUAAUCCCUACCCCGACACAGUUCUGUUCCAGGAGCCCCCACCCUGCCAUCCUGCUUGUGGAGCCAACUCAAGUUCCUCUUCGCCCAUGGGCCUUGGCCUUCACAAGGCAGUGACCGCUCCUUACCUAGAGCCUCCCUCCAGCAGCUGACCAGGCCGGGGUGCCACGUGCCCAGCCCUCCCAAAGGCUCCAAGAGGGCGUUUUGAGCACUUCUAGGGUUUGCCCCAGGCCCCAGAGGAAGCCAGGCUGUAGUGCUGUGCACAGCGCCCCUGAGCCUGGCCCGUGGCUGGUACACAGCAGACACUCAGUACGUGCUGCGUGGGUGAACAGCAGGUGCUCAAUAACCACGAAUGACGGCCUUGUGGCCAUUCCCACCGUCAGUCCACCCACCUCUCUAAGCUGAGCUUCCCCGCCGUCCACAUGGGCUGGGGGCGAGCCCCCGCAGUUCACGGUGCAAUACUCACCAGUUUGCCCUCUGCCUCAUGAAGGCAAACCUGGCUUUUGAUACCAUAUAUGGGUUGUGUGUGCGCGCAUCCUUUCUUCUCUGUCCCCAGCAGCAUGUGGCAGUCUGAAUUUUUUGCAAACUCAGUAUCCCGGCUUUCUCUUGGUUAUGUAGGACCUUCUGGCAGGCAGGUGAACAGGUCCCUGGGAACUCAGACCUCAAGUGGGGACUUAAUUCCUUCCUCUCACAAGCCAAAUUUGCCUCCACCUACUCCCUCUGAGAAACUGGGCAUCUGCCAAAGUAGCCACUGGCGUCGUCAAUCCUCACCCACGUGUCCCUGGGCUUUCAGGGACAGUAGCCAGAGGGCCAACCCCCUCACUCCUCAGUGGGGCACAUUUCACUCAGUGCAAUGAGAGCGACCCUUGCCUGUUCCCAGCCCUCCCCACCUCAGACAGGAAGGAAGAAAGAAAUGCACCUUCUCUUGCUGAUUAUUUAUUUGUUUGGAGACUGAAAUGAUGUAAAAGUGUACCUAGAAAUAUCUAUAUCUCUCUAUAUAUUUUUAACUGACGCUUUAGAACCCCCUGGGUGGGGGACUGAGGCUCCCAUGGAGGCGGGGAGGUACGGAGCCUGAGAACUUCGCUCCCUCUUCAGCCUCCUGCCCUCUCAGCAGCUAACAGGAGGGACUGACUGGGACUCGGGCGGGAGGCUGGGAGGACCCGUGGGGAACCUGGAUUCUCUGCUCUACCCUAUUCAAGUCCCACAGGGAAAGAGAGGUGGGGCCAGCCAUGGAUAUGCCCCCCCCAAAACCUGACAAUCACCCACACUCCUGGGUUCUGGGGCAGGGUGAGUCCAAGUGUGUGGCUGUUCAUUUGUUUUCAAUAUUACUUUCGUGCUGUAUGGUGAUGCUUUCUUAGUAUUCUGCACAAUAAGAAAAAGUCCUCAAUUCUUACGAGUUUGGUUUGAAAACUUUCACUAUAUUUGUUGUAAAGAGGUUUACUAUUAAAAGAAAAGCCCCCACAUUUCUGAUA